AACGCACCACACAUCCACUCCUUCACCCUGCGGCAACCAUGAACAAACGAAAACCCAGUUUCAAAUGGUUCGGGAGCCUCACCAAUGUCUCCUUUCGCCACCAAUCAGAGAAGAACAACACCAAGGCAGUCGCGGACCAGGAUGAUGAGCUCUACAACUGUGCCACAACAGCACAGCCGUCCCUGGAUGACAUGGAGGCGUGUCGACGCGGCCCCAGCUACGCCUGCUCGAGCGAUAUGUACACUCAUGUGGGCACUGUGCCCCGCAGAGGCAAACAGAAGAAGGGCUUCAGGACGCUGAAAGGCAAGAAGAACAAGGAGGAGGAGGAAGAGGAGGAGGGGAGAAAUGGAAGGCUGAGCCAGUGUCAGACGGGGGAACAUGUCCGGAACUCCCCUCUGCUCAGUGCCCUCUCCAGUCUGCACCGGCCUGGAUGUGUGUCUGUACAGGCCCGGCCACUGCCAGACACCCCCAUGGAGGCCCGCUAUUCACCGUUACCUUCAGUAGUCACUGUUGGUGACCAAGAGACACCACUAACCUGCAAGGAUGCUUUAGAGACCGAUAGAACUUUAGAAGAGGUCUCCAACAAUAACAGUACACUAAAGGCGACUUCAACACAGGAACUAUAUGUUCCCAUGGACCCGAUAAGUGAAACAUCCCUUCAUGGUAUUGACAGACAACCAGAGAGGCCGAGAGACAUUACAAGUACACAGAAAAAUGGCAAGUCUGUGAACGGCUUCCAGGAGGAGAAAGGAUUUAACAGCAAGCCAGACAUGACAUAUGGCAGUGGCGAAUAUGUAAAGUUCUGCAAGGAGAAAUUCUGGUUGGAACCACCAACUGAAAAGUUGGUGACACAGCUAGAGGAAGAGUUGAAGCUGAGCAGCAGCAACCUGAGGAGUCACGCCUGGUACCACGGCUGCAUCCCCUGGGAGGUGUCGGAGAGCCUGGUGGUGAACCAGGGUGACUUUCUGGUUAGAGACUCCCAGUCUAGCCGGGGCCACUUUGUCCUCACCAGCCACUGGGACAAAAAGACACGGCACUUUCUCAUCAAGAAGUCAGUUGUGAAGUCUGGCGAGGUGUACACCCGCGUCCACUACAGUCUGGAGGGCGACACCUUUGACUCCAUACCAGCUCUGGUUCAGUUCUACGUGGGCAGCAGGGUGGCUCUGAGCCGGGGGAGCGGAACUCAGAUUCACCAGCCGGUGAACAGGACGCUGCCGCUCAGUUACCUGGAAAUGACCUUCUGUAAAGCUGCCAGCACGCUGUCCAGCCAUAGUGUAUCAAACAACGGCAGCACAGGCGAACUGGACCUCAUUCGUCCAAGCAGUCCUUCUUCUCGCCACCACAAGGAGGCAGUCAAUCACACUAUUUUCCACCAGCCUGUGCUGACUGCAGAGGGUUCCUCUUUAUCUACUCCAAACAGCAACAGGUCAGAGUCAGGAUCCCCUUAUAACAGUCUGCCUGCCAGUGUGGCUGCAUCUCCAGCCCUAUCCAGGUGUGCAGGGGCCUCACAACUCUUACCCUCUUCCAACAGCACCUUCCAAAUACCCCUGCCACCCAAAAUCUUGGCAUCCCAGCACAGUGAUACAGAUGGAAACUGCUACACAGAACUCUAUCCUGGUCCUCAGAGCUACGUGGAGCGUCUACGAGAAGAGGAAGGGUCGGCGCGAGGCAACCCACUGGUAGCGAAGGACGGGAACAUGUACUUUUCACCUGUGGUGGAGACGGCAUCUUCCUUUAGACCGAGAACGUACCAGUCACCGCUGAUGCCCAAGGAGAAUAAGCCACUAGAGGUUUGCAUCCUGCGGCGAGUAAAGGAGCUUCUGGCUGAGGUUGACCCCAAGACAGCAGCCAAACACAUAACCAAGGCUGACUGCAAGGUGGCCAGAAUUCUGGAGGUGAGUCCAGAGAUGCAAAGGAUGAUGGGAGUUAGUUCUGGGAUGGAACUUCUCACCCUGCCACAUGGCCAGCAGUUGCGACAGGAUCUUCUAGAGCGGUUCCACACCAUGGCAAUCACGCUGGCCGUGAAUGUGUUGGGAUGCACGGGGUCGACUGAGGAGAGGGCCGGCCUGCUGCUGAAAAUGAUCCAGAUCGCUGCCGAGCUCAAGAGCAAUAUGGGCAACAUGUUUGGCUUCGCUGCCAUCAUGAGAGCCUUAGAGCUGCCACAGGUGUCCCGCCUGGAGCAGACAUGGACAGUGUUACGCCAGCGUCACACAGAGGGUGCUAUUCUGUACGAGAAAACUCUGAGGCCGUUUAUGAAGAACCUGAAUGCUGGCAGAGAAAGCUGCACAUUGUCCAACACCACUUUUCCCCACAUUGUUCCCCUCUUGUCACUCCUGGAAAAAAGCAUGGCAUUUGGUGAAGGGGUGGAGCCCUUUCAGAUGGAGGAAGUCGGGCUGGAUGUGGUCAUGUUCCACCUAGGAGCUGGAAGGACCAUUGCACAACUGGGGGGCAUCUGUUGCUCUAAUGCAGACUGCAAACUCCAAGGUUUCCGUGAGCAGGAUGAGUUCCUGGAGCUGUUCCUGACUGACUUCCAGAUGAGGCUGCUGUGGGGGAGCAGGGGAGCUGAGGAGAGGCAGGUUCUACGUUAUGCCAAGUUUGACCAGGUGCUAACUGCCUUGUCUACGAGACUGGAAACUCCUGUUUAAGUGCCCUGACCUUACAACUUUCCAUGAACUGUGUCUGUCUGGAUCAGCUGAGGUCCCGGCUCGUGCUCACGUUUAAAUGAGCAUUUCCUC